UUUUGCCAGAACAUAAAUAUCAGGUAAACGUAGCGCUCAUGUUAAAGGGGCUUAAUUCGAGGUUAUAUUCUAGCUAUUAACACAAUUUAUCUUUUCACCCUUCCAAUCCGUUCGUCUAUCAUGAAAAAAGAAAUGCCAACUGAGGCUGACGGUGCUCCAAAGCCUACUAAAAGUGUAUAUGUUCCACCUAGCCGUCGUAAUAAAGUAGAUGGCAGUGGAAGCAAUAGUAGUGCCUUUUCUAUGGGCAGUCGCGGUCCCCCUCGACCCGUUCGCAACUUUAAUGAUGACGGCCGCCGUAACAUUUUAGAUUCAUCGGGUCUUGGGGACAACUCUAAUCAAUACCCGCGUCGUGAGCGCUUUGGGGAGCGUUCCUUUGCUGGCAAUCGUGACCAUGGCUCUUAUCCAUCUCCUUGGGCCACUCGUGACGGCCGCCGUUACAUUCGUGAAUCUGAGAAGGAAGUUUUCGGUGAGAUGGAUACGUGUACUCAUGCAGGAAUUAACUUUGGAUCAUAUGAGAACAUUCCUGUAGAGAUCACUGGAAACCAAUCUCAGAGCAUUAAGCCCGUAGAAGAUUUUGAAAAUGGCAUUCACGAACUUCUUAUGGUGAACAUUCUUCGUGUGAAUUACACUAAACCAACUCCGAUUCAGAAGCAUUCUAUUCCAGUUAUUAUGGCUGGCCGUGAUUUAAUGGCUUGCGCUCAGACUGGUUCUGGUAAGACAGCUGCAUUUUUACUUCCUAUUUGUACUGCUAUGUUGAAAACUGGCCCUCCUGCGAGUAGGCCAAUGCAGAGCUCUUAUCACUCUCGUCAAGCACUUCCUGUUUGCCUUGUACUAUCUCCUACUCGUGAGUUGGCUAUGCAGACAUUUACUGAGGCUCGCAAGUUUAUUUACAACACUGGUAUUCGUGCUGUUGUGUUGUAUGGUGGAGGUGAAGUUCGCAGGCAGCUUUAUGAAUUGGAGCGUGGUUGUGACAUUUGUGUUGCAACCCCUGGUCGUCUUACUGACAUUCUCGAACGCAACCGUAUUGGUCUCCAUUGUGUGAGUUAUUUAGUAUUGGAUGAAGCCGAUCGCAUGCUUGACAUGGGUUUCGCACCUCAGAUUCGGCAAGUCGUUGAACAUAGUAGCAUGCCUCAGGAGGGUCGUCAGACCGUUAUGUUCAGUGCUACUUUCCCUAAAGAGAUUCAACAACUGGCUCGUGAUUUCUUGCGUGAUUACCUUUACCUGGCUGUUGGCCGUGUUGGUUCCACGAAUGAGUUUAUUCGUCAGCGUCUGUUAUAUGCUGACCAGGAGCAGAAGCUUCACUACUUGGUGAAGCUUCUUCGUGAAAACACUAACGGUCUCGUUCUCAUUUUUGUGGAGACUAAGCGUCGUGCGGAUAUGAUUGAAUCUUACCUAUUGAAGGAGAAUUUCAUGGCAGUUAAUAUCCACGGCGACCGCAGUCAGCAGGACCGUGAGGAGGCUUUGCGUUUAUUCAAAACCGGCGAACGUCCCAUUUUGGUUGCAACCGAUGUCGCUGCCAGGGGAUUGGAUAUUAACAACAUUACUCACGUCAUUAACUGUGACCUACCGGCUAACAUUGACGACUACGUGCAUCGCAUUGGCCGUACCGGUCGUGCAGGAAAUGUCGGUGUUGCCACAUCUCUUGUCAGCGAAAAGGACCGCAGCAUUUUGAAGGACUUAUUAGCCUUAUUGGAAGAGGCUAAUCAGGAAGUUCCUCAAUGGUUUGAGAAGCUCGUUGCAUCCCAUCCACAUUCUGGUGGUGGUCGUGACUAUGGCAAGCGUGCAUCUGGUGGUCGUAUGAGCCGUCCUUUUGCUUCUCGUGAUGUCCGUGCCCAUCCUGAGACAGUUACUUACAACCAAGGCAACAGAGGUGGUGGUCGCAGUACUCACGGAUUCUCACAGCCAUCUAAGGGUCCUGGAUCUCAGGAUCACGAUGACGAUUGGUGGUGAGCGGUAUAUAUUGCCAUUGUUUAUAACCGUAACAUAUUCGGUAAUAA